AUGAGCGAUCCACGCCGCUCAAGGCGGCCCGACAGCCGCCAAAUGUGGGAUGAAUCAGACCGUCGCGACAGGAACCCUCCCCGAGACCGCGAGCGCGGCUGGGACAGUCGAGACAAGGAGAGAGACCGCGGCAGAGACCGGGGCCGAGAUCGAAGGGGCUAUAGAUCGCGAUCGCGAGACCGACGCGACAAGCAGCAGGAUCGCUCCAUGUCGCCGGACAAACACAGACGGGAGCGUGGAGGAGACAGGAAUCGAGGCGGCUGGGACCGUCGCGGAGGACGACAUGGAGAUCGGCGAGAGAGCCCUCGUCGGCAGGACGAUAAGGGCGACCGUGAUGGCAACGAUAGAGACAGACGAUCAAAAUACCACGAUGACCACCGCCGCUCGCCUUCCCCCUCUCACUCCGCCCUUCCUACCCGACCCCAUCCAGAAAGCACCUCCCGCAAGCCCCAGCCCAGCAUAAAAAUCAAGACCGAACUGCGCAGCCCUUCGCCUUCUCGCCGGGACGACGAGCGAGGACGAGAUCGCAGCCCCAGACGAGGAGAUAGAUCUCCCUCUCACGACAAGAUGGAUCACGAUGCGAAUACGAGACAAGACGAUGACGAUGACGACAUUGUCAUCGAGGGCCAGGACGACCUGGCGGCCAUGCAGGCCCUGAUGGGCUUUGGCGGCUUCGACACCACUAAGGGCAAGAAGAUCCCAGGCAACGACGUCGGUGCCGUGCGCAAGGAGAAGAAGUCUGAGUAUCGGCAGUACAUGAAUCGGCAGGGAGGAUUCAACAGACCACUGAGUCCAUCGCGAUGA